GCCAAUCUUCCUCCUCCUCCUUGACCCGUAACUGUUGAUACGAGCGGAGUGAGCAGAUACGAGCGGAGUGGGGCGAGGCAGGAGGAGAGAUGAGCGGGAACGAGGUUGAGAAGGCCAAGGCUGCCGCCGCCGGCGGCGUAGGGGAGUACGGGACGUUCCAUGGUCCGCCCAGCUACCCGCCCCCGCGCCCGCCCGUCGGGCACCCGCAGCCCGCCCCGCCGCCCGGCCUCCACGGCCAGCGCGAGCCCAACUCGCGCCACCGCGGCGGCUACCAGGCCGGGAACGCUCAAGAUUACGAAGCAGGUGCGCGUGGACAUAGACCUGACCGCCUUCCAUGCUGCGGUAUUGGCAUGGGCUGGUUUCUAUUCAUAAUUGGUUUCUUUCUUGGUGCCAUCCCCUGGUAUGUCGGAGCAUUUCUGUUGUGGUGUUCUAGAGUGGAUUACAGGGAGAAACCAGGAUAUGUGGCAUGCACAAUAGCGGCUGUCCUUGCUACAAUUGCCGUCAUCAUCGGGGCAACCGCUGGAGCUCACGUUUAUUGAUGUCAGUCUACAUUGUGUCACUGUACAUAUUGUACAUUUCAUGGAUGAAGAAAGAUGUCAUGUCGCGUCUUCUGCACUGUAUUUGAUUAUUAACUUUGAAUAUUCAAUGUAUGACAAAGAGAACUAAGUCCUUGUUAUGUUCACAAAUAAAUCAGAUCGAGACUACCUUGCCUUGUGAAUGCUCAAAUAACCUUGAUUUCGGAAACAAAUGAUGUAGCUUCGCUUGGCGAGCAAUGGAUUCCUUGUACUGUACUAGCAAUGGCUUCCUUGUACUGUACUUAUCUUCUGAAUAAUAAGCCUCAGGUUCUGGUUCA